AUGCAGUGGUCGUUCCUCAAGGACCUCCCGCUCUCGGUCCUCAUUGCGACGCUCGCAUUCACCGCUGCGCUCCCCAUAAAAGCUGCCCUUCUGACGCCGGAUAACUUCAAUGACACUGUAGCCAAAGGUGUCUGGCUCAUCGAACACUUUUCUCCGUAUUGCCAUCACUGCAGGGACUUUGCACCAACAUGGGAACGCUUAGCGAAGGAUGUGGAAAGCAAUCCCAACCCCGGCAUACACCUUGCGCAGGUCGAUUGUGCUGCCUACGGAGAUUUGUGUGACGAACAUAAUGUAAAGGGAUACCCUCAGAUGAACAUAUACCAAGAUGGCGAAUACAAAGAAUAUUACAAGGGUGUUCGAGAUUACGACCUCCUUACCGCGUACAUCGCAAAACACGCGAAGCCCAGCACAUCUGCUGGACCACAGACACACGUUGCUGCGCCCGUAGAACCCGAAGAGCCCGUUAAACUCCUGGGCACGACUGGACGCGUCAUUGAGCUCAACGAACAGAACUUUGAAUCCGUUGUGAGCGAGGGGCCUACUUUCAUCAAAUUCUUCGCUCCUUGGUGUGGUCACUGCAAGAAGCUUGCACCAUCAUGGACACAAUUAGCCAAGCAUAUGCAGGACAAGAUCAACAUCGCAGAAGUCAACUGCGACGAACAUGGCGCUCUCUGCAAGUCUCAAGGCGUCGAGGGAUACCCGAUGCUCGCUUUCUACCCAACUGGUGUAGCCUCCAAGGCAGAAUACAGCCAAGGUCGCAAGCUGGAUCAGUUGAAGGCUUUCGCUGAGAAGGCCUCCGCACCCGCACUACAACCCAUUCAUGCAACGGCAUUGGCCGACAAGGUAGCAGAUAAUUCUGUUAUCUACCUCUUACUCCUCCAUGACUCGAACCCCGAGCUCCUUAAAACCAUGGGUAACACCGCUCAAGUCCUUCUUGGUUCACCUCCUGUAUACUCGACCACUGCUCCUGAACUGUAUGAGAAAUACAAAGUACCAUCAUGGGCCCCCUGGGCGAUACUCGCAUUCAAGGAUCACGACGCUUCCUGGCCCACAUCACAAUUCCUCGGCCCUCCUUCUCACGAUGCUAACUCCAUUAAAACCAGUGUAACACCUUGGCUCCUCUCGAAUCGUCUUCCAACGACCGCAGAGCUUACACAAGACAGUUUCCAAGGUAUCAUGAAUGCGCCUCACAGUCCCCUCGUUGUCAUUGCUGCAGUAAACAAGGCCAACUCGGCGAAAGUGGCUGAGAAGCUGCGAAACAUUGGAAGUAAAUGGCGGGUGAAGUUGAGAGCGCACGAUACGGCCUCAGCGGGUAACAGGGACGUAGUCUUUGCUUCGAUGGACGCUGAGAGAUGGAAGGACUGGAUGAAGAGCAUGUAUUCUAUCAAAGCUAGUGAUGAUGGUGAAGUCCCCGUCGUCAUAGCAGACCACAAGAACCUUAUUUACUACGACGUUGACGAGAACAGUCAACCUCUGAAGCUAACUUCUGCAAGCCUAUUUACCGCUAUCGACAGCGUCCAUAAGAACAAGCUUGCGUACAAGCAUUCUGAAAACGCUGUUGAGAGAAUUGCCCGCUACUUGAACGGCAAGAUGAUGUCCCUCGAGCACUUUGUCAAAACCCAUCCCUACUACACCAUCACCAUUGUGGUCGGCUCUAUGGUCGCUCUGUUCCUCUGGUUGAAGCGACUCGUAGCAGACGAUGUGUAUGAUAUCCGGGAGCAAGGGCAACUGAGAAAGGGAGACCGUCUUGAUUAA